GAAAGGGGCCUGGAAUCUGAGAAAAAAGCAUUUUGAAGUUUAGAUUUUUAGCUAAUAAUGCUCAAUAUUUCAGAAGCGACUCGGAAAUAUUUCCGGAAAAGAUUUGAUCAUUUCGAUCGAGACGGUAUACAACGAGUGGAAAUAAAUUUAUUGCCUUCGCUGAUUCGUGUCUGUGGGGGCAUUCCUCUAGAAGCUGAUAUUGAUGAGUUGAAAGCGAUCGCCGACCCGACUGGACGCGGUAGUUUUGAUUUCAAUGACUUUUGCAACUCUCUUAUGCGUUCUUUUGAGCGGCCCAUUUAUCCUGAAUCAGUUAUCGAGGCGUUUCGCGACCUUGACCCUGAGUACAAGGGUUUUAUUCCUCACUAUGAGCUUCGCUACCUUUUAACAACUAUGGGUGACACAUUGAGCGUUGAAGAGAUGAAUGAGUUUGCAGAGGAAUUAAAGUCCAAUUUGGACAUGGAGGGUAAUGUUGUAUACAAUGAUUUGGUCUUCAAAAUGACUCCGGAAUUUCUUCGGUGA